AUGUUUCCGCAACAAGGCAAGGCCGUGGUGGUGGCGGUGGUGGUUUCGCACGUCUUGUUGAUUGCUGGCAAGGGGCUCGCCGGCGGAGUCCCGGCGGUGAUCAUGUUCGGCGACUCCACGGCGGACACGGGUAACAACAACUUCAUCCAGACCAUGGCGAGGGGCAACUACCCGCCGUACGGGCGAGACUUCGCCGGUGGCCUCGCCACGGGCAGGUUCUCCAACGGGCGGCUCUCCGUCGACUUCGUCUCCGAGGCGCUGGGGCUGCCGCCGGCCGUGCCGGCGUACCUCGACCCCAACCGCACCAUCCACGACCUCGCGUCGGGCGUCAGCUUUGCAUCCGCAGGAACGGGCCUAGACAACGUCACCGCGCAAAUUCUAUCGGCAAUGACCCUGACCCAGCAGAUAGAGCACUUGAGGCAGUACAAAGAGAAGCUCAGGUGGGGCAAAGGGGAGGCAGCAGCAAACCACAUCAUAAGCCAGGCGCUCUACAUCUUCAGCGUCGGCACCAGCGACUUCCUGCACAACUACUUUGUCUUCCCCAUCAGGGGCGACAGGUUCAGCCUUCCGCGGUACGAGGUCUACCUCGCCGACGCUGCCGCGGAGGCGGUGCGCGCCGUGCACCGGCUGGGCGGUCGCCGGGUGAAGUUCGUUGGGCUGCCGCCGCUCGGGUGCCUCCCGGUGGAGAGGACCAUCAACCCUGACAAGCCUGGGGAUUGCAAUGAGAUGUACAACCUGGCGGCGCUGGGCUUUAACGCGAGGCUGAAGAGGGUCGUUAAGAAGCUCAAUUGGGAGCUCCCAGGGGCAAAGAUUGAGCAUGUGGACCAAUACAGCCUCCUUUCUGACAUCAUUGCCAAGCCAUGGGAAUAUGGUUUUGAGAACUCAAUGCAAGGAUGUUGUGGCACGGGAUAUGUGGAGACAGGAAUUCUAUGUGCCUUGGACGAUGCGUUGGCAUGCGACAAUGCUGAUAAGUAUGUGUUCUUUGAUGCAGUCCAUCCAUCGGAAAGGACUUACAAAAUCAUAGCCGAUGCAAUUGUAAACACCGCUCCACAUGUAUUCCACUGAAUUAUCUGUUUUUUUUAAGGAACAAAGCGUUCCAUUGAUGCUAUUUUCUAGUCCGGCAGUACAUAUUUUAUCCAUCGUCAUCGUAACACAACUGACGAUCCAAACAUCUGUAUGCAUUUUAACAAUCCAUAUCAU